AUGUCUACAGACAAGGCACGAAUAAUGCUACUUUGGCUUAUACUCAGGAUAUUAUUUGUCUCAAGUAAGAUAUCAAAUCCCUUCUAUUUAGUGCUUUGCUUUGGUAGAUUCAGAACAUCCUGCAAUAUUUUGUAACCAGUAUAUUUCACUUUAUGGGUAUAGCUAUUGAUUGGAGCAGCUAUUUUAGUUUCACAUAUUUAUUUCUGCUUAACAUAAACCUAUAUUAUUUUCAAUAAUUAUCUGCAUGGAGCAAAUGGAAGUAAUUCCAAUCAAAUAAUAAAGUAGUUUUAUUUAAAAGCUGAUGUUGUGUGUCUUUCUCAGGUGCAGAAGGAAACCAAGUGGAUCAAUCUCCAUUUAUCACAGCGACAGAGAAAGAGACUGCUCAGAUAAAGUGUAAUCACAGCAUCACUAAUGACAGAAACAUGUACUGGUACAAGCACAUUAAAGGGAGAGCUUUAGUUAUGGUCAUCUCCGGAUUCAAUACAGAGUCAACUAAUGGCAGGUUCCACAUGGCCAUCGAUCGCAAUCAGAGAUCUACAGAGCUGUCUAUUGAGUCAGUGGAGAUACAGGACUUAGCUACGUAUUACUGUGCUGUGGAGCCCACAGUGAUACAGACUGAGAGGAACCCUGUACAUAUACUACAGGAUGUUCAUACCAAGCAAGCACCCCAUUUUCAUUUUCCUGCAUAG